CUUUAUUCCCAAUAGGGACGACGCUAGAUAUGGAUGUUGGUUCUACACUGCAGCUUCUAGCGCAGAUCAACCACCAACAGACGACAACUAUGUAACUCCCUGCCAGCCAUUUGCGAGUUUCAAGUUCUCAUUAUGUGACACGUCUCUGCCUAGGGUAAAUCAAGCUGUUGGGAUCCAACAUGCAGAUAGCACUGGGCUGGAUGCAUGUCGCGAAUGGCAUCUCGCCAAAGAGAGCCGGAUGUUCUGCGCCACUGUCACAGUCGAUUGGCCGGAAGAGCCGAGAAUGUUGCAUUGCAACGCGAUUUCCACUCAACCGGGGCACUGGUCAAAGAAAAACCGAUCACAAUCGGCACGGCUCUCAUGCAAGCACAAAGUCAGUCAGCCCACACAGCAACACAACUCAGAGUAUGGUGCCAUCGAGAUCUGGGUCAAUGACAUACAGAUACCAGCUAGCGUGGUGAUAACGGACACAUGUUCCUAUGAGACCUUCCGCAGGAGAGCAGAAUGAUAUGAAUGUGUGCGAUAUAGCUAUUAGCAUAAGAUGCCUACUCAGGUAGCCUAGUUGACGAUGUUCAACACAGCCAAGACUAGAACCGAGUCACCAUCGGACUGCAGGUUAAGCGCCGUAGGCAGCCAGUAUCCAAACGGUCGGGUCUGCCAACAAACUGCCCCCACAUCAACAGCUCUCCUGAUAUAACCCCCCCUGACCUCUGGCACUCUCACCCGUCUCUGGACUGGGUAGAUGCUAUGCAUUAGCAUUCAUAUGCUCACUCUCGGCCUGACUUCGACUGAUGCCGUUGGUUCUUCCUGAACCCCAUUGUCUGAGUUAAGUCUUCGCCAGCAAACAAACCAGACGAUGACCAUGAUGGAUCCCGGUCAGGCUGUCUAUCUCUCCUACCAGGUCCCUCCUGCCGGAAAUGCAGUAAUGCUUGCUGCCUUUGCUGCCUUGGUUCCGCUCAACAUCUUAACAGGAAUACGGUACAAGACACCAUUAUACACCUCUCUCCUCACAGCGGCCCUCAUCGUCGAAGUUGUCGCCCAUGUUGCAAGGAUAUUUCUCAGCACCGAGUCUGCAAGUCCAGCGUACUUUGCGGUGUAUAUGGUCGGAACGCACUGGGGAGCUACCUUUGUCGGAUCAGCCAUCUACCUUGUUCUGCCUCAUGUCACUGUGCUCUACGGUCAGGAAUUCCGGCUCGUCUCCAACGCCCUCUACAUCAACAUCUUCUUUACGAUCAUGGAUAUCUUUUCUUUGGUCUUCCAAUCCGUGGGCAUUAUUUAUGCUGCCAACGCAACAUCAGCGUCACAGGUUGAUCAGGCCGUCAACAUUCUGCUGACAGGACUUGCCUUCCAAACUACGACUCUGGUCGCCUUCUUGGGUGGUUAUCGCUAUUUCUGGUACAAAAUCGGCCAUCGACGCUACAUCCUGGACAAUACCUUCUCUGCAACAUACUCAUCUCGCCGAUUCAAACAAUUUAUGUUGGUUGUCCAAGCAGCUGGAUGUCUCCUUGUACUUCGAACCGCCUUGCGAAUCGCUGGGUCUUCCGGCGGUCUUGGCAGUUCGCUUGCCGUUUCCCAAGUCGUAUCUUUCCUCCUCGACGACACCCUCGUUUUUCUAGCGAUUCUUAUCCUCACACUUUGGCCAGUAGGGCGCGCUUUUGGACCCUCGUGGACCGACACCUCCCCAUUGGCAUCCCCCGACGCUCUCAGCGACCUCCCUCUGCGACGGCACUUUCAUCGCCAUUCCCGAAGGCAGAUCCUCCACAAGCGCCAUUUAUCGCAGCCAUAUAACGCCUCCGAGGUACCAUUACCUUACACACCCAGCCAUGCCGGCUCGGUGCUUCCAUCGUCUGUUCGCCCGUUAGGACACCGCCCCUCACCGCCUGAGCCUUCUCUCGCUUCUCCGAGAAACAACCCCGUCUAUCAGCGCGCGCCUUACGAGCAAUCGCCGACAGGCACUGUGCCGUAUAUCUCUCCUGAACAGAGCCCAAAGAUGUUCAUGACAGCGGCAUCACCUGGGCAGUAUCAGGACGGAAGUUGGAAGAAAGCCAAGAGCUCGCCACGUGGGCCGACAAGCCCGGAGCCAGCAUCCAAAAUGGUGAGAAGUAAUGAUCUGUGGGAUUAGUCACCAGUCCAGAUUUCUAUUCACUUUGCUUUGUUUCGACUCUAUAUAUUUGAUUGGCACAAAAGCCGGUGUGAUGUGACGUCUAUUCUUGAAUAUUACAUGUCUCGUUUUGUGUGGAGUGAGUGGUUCUUCGUUUAUAGAUUGAUACCAGCAUUGGUUAGGGGAUAGGGGGUCUGCUUGUUUUGGUUUUGUUUUAGCGGGAGUUUUGCUCAUUUGUAUUUUUUGUGCGAGAUCCGAGUAUCCACAGCUUUUUUUCUUUCUUUCUCGUUGUAUAGGAAACGAGACAAGAAGGCGUCCAUGAAACGGCCGAUGUUCUGGACUGUCA